AAAAACGAUUAAAACACGACGUCAAAUAAAUUCAUAUAUUUUCCUUAGGAUAUACCUUUUUAACUAAUUGUGUCUUUUUUUUUUAUCAUUAAAUAAAAUUUGAAAUUUAUUUAUUAUAAAAUUAUAUAAAAGAAAUGUUUCAGCAAGUUAAAACAGUUGUAUCCUACGUAGCUGGAACGUCAACGCUUCGUCAAUACGAUCUUGGUGAACAAGUUGCCAGUUCAGGUUUAUGGAAGAUCUUUGCAGGUACUAAAAAGACGACAGGACAAAAAGUAGCCGUAUUUAUGUUUGAAAAAAAGAUUAUAGACAAUCCUUUAAGGAAAGGUUAUGAUAAAAAAGAGACCGAAAGGGUUUAUACAGUUUUAAAAAAAGAGGCUAGUCAAUUGUCGCGACUUCGCCAUCCAUCACUAUUAGAAGUUGUUGAAGCUGUUGAGGAAACAAGAACAGUUAUCACAUUUGCAACUGAACCUAUUUUGGCUUCUCUAUCAAAUUUACUUGGAAAUUAUGAUAAUUUAUCUCCUAUCCCGAGCGACAUUAAGAGUUUUGAUAUGGAUGAAUUAGAGAUUCAGAAGGGUUUACUUCAAGUCGGAAAAGGCUUACAAUUUUGUCAUAAUGAUGCUAAAAUUGUUCAUUCAAAUCUUGUUCCAGAAGCAAUAUUUGUAAAUACAAAGGGAGACUGGAAAAUUGGAGGAUUUGGAUUCGGCACUUUUCUCAAUAAUCCUGAUUCCCCAGUACCUUACGAAUAUCCAGAUUAUGAUGUUCGAAUACCAAGUUACGCGCAAAAAAAUUAUGAUUACAUGGCGCCUGAAUACGUGUUGGAUGAGAAUCUUGAUUUCGCGAAUGACAUGUUUGCGCUUGGCUGUUUAAUAUAUACGGUGCAUAGACAUGGCAAACCUCCAAUGGAAAACCAUAAUAGUAUUCACACAUAUCGAAAAAAUAUUGAAAAUUUAUCAUCGAUAAAUUACGACCAUCUUCCAUACCAUCUUCAUGAGGUUAUGUAUAAUCUUAUUACGCGAUAUCCAUCUCAGAGAAUGACUGCAGCUGAAUUUCAAACGUGCAAAUACUUUGAUAAUGUCUUAGUUUCAACUGUGAAAUUCUUUGAAAGCUUUCCUGAGAAAACCGCAGACGACAAAGCAAAUUUUAUGAAAGGCUUAAUCAGAAUUUUGCCGCAAUUUCCUGAAAGAGUACUAGUUCGCAAGAUUUUACCAUCUCUUCUUCAAGAAAUGAAGGAUCAUUCACUUUUGGCUUAUACUCUUCCUAAUAUUUUCUUUAUAGCACAAAAAUUAUCUCCUAAUGAUUUUUGCGAAAAAGUUCUUACUCCUCUUAAACCAAUAUUUUCUGUUUCUGAACCAAUGCAAAAUAUGAUAACUUGCCUAGAUAAUAUUGAUUUGUUUCAACAAAAAACCUCAUCUUAUAUAUUUAAAGAAGAUGUAAUGCCCUUAAUUUAUCAUGCGUUGGAAGCUAAAACACCUGCAAUACAAGACAAAGUUCUUAAAGUUAUUCCAGCGAUAGCUGAUUCUUUAGAUAUUUCGACUGUUAAGGUUUCAUUAUUUCCAAGGAUUCAGAAUUUGUUUAUCCAUACUACACUAUUAUCCAUUAAAGUUAUAGCCUUAGUCUGCCUUCAAUCAUUAAUAAAAUUUUUGGACAAUUUUACGAUAACGGAAAAACUUAUACCUUUGUUAAAAGGUAUCAAAACAAAAGAAGCCACUGUAAUGGUUACUACGCUAUCAGUGUUCGAAGAAAUGGGCAAGAAUGGAGAAAAAGAUGUUAUAGCUACUGAAAUAAUACCACAAUUAUGGAGACUAUCUGUUGUUCCUACGUUAAAUCUUCAACAGUUUCAAAAAUUCAUGGAUGUGAUCAAAAAAUUAUCUAUGAAAGUUGAACAGGAUCAUUCUCGUCAACUUCAAGACAUUAGGAAUAUUGAAGAUAAUACAAAGAAAUAUGUAGAAGGAGGAAAAAGUAGUGAUGAUGUAGUUCCCGUUGAUUUUGAAAAGCUUGUUGGUUCAUCAGGAGGAACAAUAAAUGGUAAUACAAGAAAUGGCAUUAGUAAUGGUGCCAUUGAAAUUCCAUCGGAUCCUUUUGACACACCGGGUAAUAAUCCUGUUGCCGAAUUUAUGACUACAUUAGGAUCUUCUAAUAUGAAUUCGACGAAAAGUGAUAGAAAAUUGUCAUCAUCAUCCGUUCAAUCUGAUUUCUUCAUAACAAAUGGAGGAAUUACUCCAAUGUCACCAAAACCUCGUAAUUCAUUAAAUUCAACAAAUUCAUAUGCAGGAAGUAAAGCUCAUUCGCAGACACAAUCAAUAAAUUCAUUUUCUACAACAUCUAAACCUUCACUUGAUAUAAUUCCAUCAUUACCGCCACCAAAUUCUUCAAAAGCAGGAACACUUUCAUCAACUUCAACUACUACUUCAAUUUCAUCAAGUCUUUUUAAUUCAAUAGCAACAACUUCACGAAUGUCUCAACAAAAUUUUGAUCAUUCAAAUACAAUGAAUACGUCUAGGCCAUCAUCAAAUACGCCAUCUUUAAACAACAUAUAUUCACCUAAUACAAAUACAAACACAAGUUUUAAUUCCCAAUUUAAUUCAAUGUCAUCAUUGCCAAACAAAAAUAAUAAUACACUUAAUUUGAAUAAGAAUAUGAAUACUCCUCCAUCUCAACCUAUGUUUAAUGCCGGAAGUAUACUUCAACCCAUAAAUUCAAAUAAGUCAGGGUUAAACAACAACGGCAAUAGUAAUAAUAAUUCAAGUACUAACCAAAAAAUAAGCAAGGGAGAUUUAACGAUGUUCGAUCCCUAUUCGUAAAAUUUUUUUGUUAGAUAUAUUUAUUAUUAUUUAGAGGGAAAUAGCAGAGUUGUACAAUUUAUAAUGAUUAAAUAUAUGUUAAAAUUAUUUAUAUAGUAUUAAAAUAAAUUAUACCAUGUAAUAUUAUAAAUUAAUUAAUAUGCGUUAUUUUACAAAAAUCAAAAUUAAUAUAA